UAAAGCUAGUAAGUUUGCAAUGUGUAAUCUCUGGAUCUACAGAACCGAUUUUGAAAAAAAAAUCAUUUCCAAUAGAAAGCCACAUUAUUUAUGAGUGUCGUUGAUACAAAGGAAACAGCGGUAGGAAAUUUUUCAGGACAGCUGAUGAUGAUAUGUAGCAAUAUUUUAACGAAAACAAAAAGAAACAGUAGGUAUGUCAUUAUUUGUUUCAGGAAUAAAUGUUAGAUUCACAAAACAUAAUUUCAAACUUACUGAAACUUUUUUUGCUGUGGCAAUAGUAGGCAUUUGAUUAACAUGACUAAAAACCAGAUUAAUGACAUUUGUUAUUCAAACUACUGUUUAUCCUCUCUGUGAAAUCAUUAUAUUUAUUAACAGUUGCUAAAAUGUUCCAGUGUCAAAUUUUACUAACUGGAGAAAAAUCUAUCAUCGGAUUCUACGCAACAGGAGAAAUAGUAAGCGGUGUUGUUAAUUAUGAGAUCACGGAAAAAAGCACUUUUAACAAGAUUAUAAUACAAUUACAUGGUAAAGGGAAAUUAAAAAUUCGGGCAAAAAGUUUACAAAAAAGCAAAGAUAACUUUUACUACAACUUUGAAACAUUUGAAGAUAUCGAAGAAAUUUCACUACUUUCUUCCAAAGGAAUUACCCAAGAGCCUGGAAAAUAUUCACUUCCUUUCAGUUUUACUAUCCCUAAAAAUAUACCUCCAUCGUUUGCCUAUUUGAAAAGAAAAGGUCUACAUAGAGUGAAGUGUCGCAUCAAACAUCAAAUAAAAGUGGAAUUUGCAUCAUUUGGCACAAUCAUUAAUAGCUUUAAGAAAUUCAAGAAAGAAAUUUAUAUCGUAGCAGGCGUCAGGCCCAGAGUAUCUCCUCUCCCAUUGAUCUAUGGUGCACAGAAAAGCGUAAUUCAGCUGUUCAACUUUAAGAAAAAAUUAAUAACAAUCAAAGUCAACAUUCAAAAAUCUAUAUUACUGCCUGGCAAUAAGAUUAUAUUUGAUUACGAAGUAACAAACGAUUCAAAUGUCAAUAUAAUAACAGUGAGAGUUAAACUGAUGGAAGUGUAUACCUUAAAAAUGGAUCGCAAGAGAAAUUUAACUGUAGUAGUUAAAACAAGUGAUUUGGUGGUGAGGAGCCCAAGAAUAAGGAGGCGCUCUAGUUACAAGCAAUCGUUGGAGAUCGAACUUCCGAGGACUGCGAGUUCGGUGGACUUUACUAACUUUCUGGUGCUGAGGGAUUACUUCGUAUACAUAUCCGUGGUGUUGCCAUGUCCUCGGCGGAACAUACUCCUAAAGAUACCUGUUCUAGUGGAUGCUAGGAAGGAUGAGACCAUCACUAAAAUGCAGAAUGAUGUAUUCAUAAAACAUUUUAUUCAAGUGCUCAAUGACUAUGACCGCAUGACCAGAAAAACAUGUUGCCUUUGCUAAUAUGCGUGGUUUGUAUCGUAUAGUAGUUCUUUUUUUGUUAAUAAUAAACACGUUCAAUAUUUUCUUUACGCAGCGAAGUGCUCUGUUCUUGACAAUUUCAAUUUAUAAUCAACCCUUUCUUAUAGUUUUAUUAAACCUUCCACAGCUUGUCACAAAAAGAAGGUGCUAGAUAUAGAUCGUUUCAUACGCGAAGACGCGCCCCACCAUUCUUCCGCUAAUGUUUGAGUGUUAUCGGUACACGCUAAAUUAUCCAUGUGUGCACACGCACACUACAGUAAUGACGCUCGGAAUGCUUGGAUCAAACUCCCCGCACCCCGUGCUUCCUCGACCAAAUAAUGGUGGGGCGCGUCUUCGUGGAUUAAUCGAUCUAUACUCACUUAGGCAUUUCUGAACACUAUUUACGCUCUUUGUAAAACGCUUUCUUUUUGUUUGGAUAGGGAAAAAUUUUCUGAUGUCUUUGACUUUGUCUGUAUUAUAAACGAUCACUUAUUUUUUAUGUAAAAAAACAAGUAAAAGUGUUUGAGUUUAAAUAUAUACCAAAUUAUUAUACAUGUUAGUAAUACUCAUUUAAUUAUUAGGUAUAAGAAAGAUAAAUAAUAAUUUAAUUUGAUAAACGCCUUGUAAUUCUUAAAAAGAAAAAAAUA